AUGUUUAAGCGGAGAAAUAACUGGAGCAUUCUCUACCAGAAAAAAAGCUUAGAGAGAUGUUUACAAAUAUUCGGUACUUUUCAAAUGUUCAUAAGACAAUUCAUAAGGCAAAAUCCCAAUGGAAUAGAUGACGACAUCAUCGUCAAGUUGUUUUUAUUUCAAGAAAAUGUUACCAAAAGUGACAUCAUCCUGAAAAGAAGAAUAUUAACAUCAAAGGAACCAAAAUAUUAA